UCAGACACAGUGACAUGUCAGACAGUGCCACAGCAGCAGUGCCAUGUCAGCAACAGUGCCAAGUCAGCAGUGACACGUAAGCAGUGCCUCGUCACCAGUGCCACGUCACCAGUGCCACGUCAGUCACAGGGCCACGUCAGCAUGACGGGCCCAGCUCUGGGCAUGCCAGGCCAACUGGCCAACGAGUCUCUGGCCGACUACAAACGGCGGUUCCAGGUCCAGAUCGCUCUGAUCGACGCUGAGGAGCAACGCCAGCUGGCAGCCGAGGCUGCCCGCGUACAGGCCGAAGAAGCGGCAGCAGCAGAGAAGCUGCGGCUACAGGCCGACGCAGACGCAGAUGCCCAGGCUCGCCGCAAGGAAGCCCAGGAUCUGCUGCAGCGGCAUGAAGCCAACAGCAUCGACAGACUCAAGUUCUGGCACUUUGAACCGAACGGCGACGAGGCAACACCGGAAGAGCACCAUAAGGAGUUCCUCUCCAAACUCGUGACACGGUUGUUGUAUGCUUGCAACUACCAACGGUCCGAGUUGGAGAGACAGAACCAGGAACUGCAACAGUUGUUCCAGGAUCUGAAGCAACAACGCCAGGAGUUGGCGAACCUCCGCCGGACGGUGCAGAGCCACGAGGAUGCGACACGGGCACUCAAUGCCCGUGUACUAGAACUGGAACAGGCAGUACCAGGACCAGAUGCUGGUGCCUCCAGCAGUGCACCCUCUAGCCGCCAACUGGAGGAACGCGUUGACCACGUAGUGGCAAUGCUCGGCGACAUCAGCACCUUCGCUGCGCCGACCACCAUCAGCAGUCAGCUGGAUGCAUUGAAGACCGAGGUCCAGCAAUUGCAGUUCGACGACUACACGCAUCAGGACCCGGUGCUCUGGUGGGAAGCAUUCACGACGCAACUUCGGAUUCUGCCUGUCGCCAAACACGAGUACAUCGGCGCCUUGUUCAUGAACUCAAAGGACGGAUGCCAGAUCUGGUUAACUCACCUGGCAGCCACCCAUGGCGUCGACGUCGCAGAUCUGAAGGACAAGAUCACAUGGGAAGAGUUGACAUGGCUGUGGAAGAAGCGGUUCAUCGUCGACGACGCACCAGCACUAGCCAUCAACCGUCUCUUCACCAUGUCUCAGGGCAACACAGCAACACGUGACUGGCUCACGGAAUGGCAGAAGAUCGCGGCAGUGCCCAGUCUGGACUUACCAUUCACGCAUCUACGCUGUGAGUUCGACAACAGGUCAUGUGCUGCACUGAGCCAGGCACUUGGUGAUCGCGAGCAAUACACCACCUUCGCUGAGAUCAUUGAUAAGGCAAGGGAGAUCAUCAAGACCAACAGGUCAGUUGCACACGAGAAGUCAACAUGGCAGCCAACCUAUGUGGAGAAGGUGAGAACUGGUCCGCGACAGCAGCAGUUCGCUGCAGUCCAAUCGGACAACACUGUGGAAGACCCGGCAGCCACCCAAGCGUCACGUGAGGGAGAUCAGGUGGCUGCUGUCCAGCCGCGAAGCAACAACAAACCCCGAGUGAACGGGAAGGCGAAAUCCGCAUCGCCGGCCAGAAAUGGACAGCCAGCACCACCAUGGGUCAAGUUCGGCUUGACCCAGGCCGAGUACAAGUACCGCGGCCGUUACGGUUGCUGCUGGUGCAACAGCACCAAGCACAAGACCUCCCUUUGCCACGAUCAGGCCAAGGAGGAUAUCGGAGAGGCGACCUGCAGCGCUUUGAUCGAUUGCGGAGAAUCUCGCAACAACAUGAGUCAGGACUUCAUGGUACGCGCCGGCCUUGGCCCACGAGUCCGAAGGAAGUCCCAGCCCACGCAAGUCACGUUGGCGGACGGUCACACGCACAAGUCAAUCGACCGGUGCAUUGAUGACGUCCCAGUGUACUUUGCCCCUCACGCAAGUGAGGCGAAGUCCUUUGACAUUCUGUACACCAAAUUCGACAUGAUCUUGGGCAUGUCAUGGCUGCGAAGCGAGAACCACCCGGUGAACUUCUACCGCCUUACCGUUCACGUUCGUGAUCGGAACGGAGUAUUGGUCCCAUGCACGGUAGCUCCUCCUCACCCUUCAGUCAGUUGUCACGUGGUAUCCGCCGCAAGCAUGCGAGCUUCCAUCAUCAGAGACGACAUCGAGGAUACGGGGGUGUGUUUUCUCCACGCCCUCCCGCCCCAUGACGCUUCAUCGACGGACUCUUCUUCGGAUCCACUCAUCACCGAGCUUCUCGACGCCUACAGCGACGUGUUCGAAGGCCCGCACGGAGUAGUACCGGAUCGGCCCAUCCGCCACGAGAUCAUCCUCGAGGACGGGGCCGUACCUCCACGCGGUUGCAUCUACCGAAUGAGCGAGGAAGAGUUAAGUGUGCUUCGGGCACAACUCGACGACCUUCUAGAGAAAGGCUGGAUUCGGCCCAGCUCAUCGCCAUACGGUGCUCCUGUUCUCUUCGUCCGGAAGAAGAACAAGGANUACGGUGCUCCUGUUCUCUUCGUCCGGAAGAAGAACAAGGAUUUGCGGUUGUGCAUCGAUUAUCGCAAGCUCAACGCGCAGACGAUCAGAAACGCCGACCCUCUCCCACGCAUCGACGAUCUUCUCGAGCGACUGGGCGGCGCCAAGUUCUUCUCCAAGCUCGAUCUCAAGUCGGGAUAUCACCAACUCGAGAUCCGGCAGGAGGACCGUUACAAGACUGCGUUUAAGACGCGAUAUGGGCAUUUCGAAUGGCUGGUUAUGCCAUUUGGGCUUACGAAUGCCCCGGCCACUUUCCAAGCGGCUAUGACAACGGAGUUCGGACACAUGCUGGAUCGAUACGUACUUAUCUACCUCGACGACAUCCUGGUGUACAGCAGGAGUUUGGAGGAGCAUGUGGAACACCUGCGCACCGUUUUGGAGCGGCUACGACAAGCCAAGUACAAAGCCAACCGCGACAAGUGCGAAUUCGCGCGGCAGGAGCUGGAGUACUUGGGACACUAUGUGACGCCGAAAGGCAUCCGUCCGCUUGCGGACAAGAUCGAGGCCCUACGAUCUUGGAACAACACGACGGCGAUGACUGGCACCCUGUGGAGUAGCCACAAAGUGCCUCCCAUCAACUCGCUUGAUGAUGCAAGGAAGAAGGAGCUGCUCGCAUUCGUCAUGGCUCUCAAGCGAUGGCGGCACUUCCUCCUUGGGCGUCGUAGGUUCACAUGGGUUACGGACAACAAUCCACUGACCUACUACAAGACGCAGGAUACGGUGAGCAGCACGAUCGGAUGAUGGAUGUACUUCAUCGACCAGUUUGACUUCACACCGAAACAUCUUCCCGGCCUCUCAAAUCGCGCAGCAGAUGCACUCUCGCGA